AUGCGACCGGGAUCCAGCGAACGACCAGAAUCAGCGAAUUCAAUUCGUCGAAGUACACGACAACUUUUACACAAUCCGUCGACACGACGUGUUUAUGCAGUGGCAAAUGAUCUAGGUGUUGAUGAUUCGGUCACAGUCAUCAACACAGCAACUACAAUCAAUAGUUCAGAAAUACAAGAACGGAAUCAUUUCCAUACGCCACCUAAUCUUUUAAAAGAUCUAGACUUGAAAAAUUCCAAACAAAAUAUUCAUGUUCGAAUUCGCUGCCUUUUCCUACGUGUGGGUGAAAUCGACACAUUGAACGAACGAUAUUAUGCCGAAAUUUUACUUCAAGCAUCAUGGGAAGAUCGUUCAUUGAAGAAAACAUCGCAUUUCAGCUUCGAUCCAACAAGCUCCUGGACUCCUCAACUAGAGUUGAUGAAUGGCAUCGGUGACUUAAAAGACGAAGUAUCGUACACUGUUCGUUUCAAUGAUAAAGAAGUAGCUACGGUAACGGAGCAUCAUCAAUUGAAAGGUACACUAUGGGAGCGAAUGGAAUUACAAUAUUUCCCAUUAGAUAUUCAAGAUUUAUCGAUUAUAAUCACUACUUCACAUAAAGACACUGAGUUGAUUUUUGAAAAGAAUAUGCAAAAACCGUCGGGUGUCAAUCGACGAGUGUUUACUGAUGAACAAGAAUGGUACCUUUUUGAACAUGUGGAUAUUAGAGUGACAGAACAAAUUGAUGAAUAUAUUGAUGAUGGACAUAACCAUUCAGUCGUUAUCUGUUCAUGUCAUGCAGCAAGACGAUAUGGUUACUACAUGUGGAAUGCAUAUUUUCUUAUUUUCUUAAUCACAUCAGCUAGCUUCGCAACGUUUCCCAUUCCUUUAGCAAAUAUCCAAGGACGAAUUCAAAUUGCUUGUACUUUACUUUUAACUUCAAUUACAUUUCGAUGGUUGUGCAACAAAGCACUACCAACAAUCUCGUAUUUAACAGCAGUAGAUAUCUAUGCUAUCGGAAACAUCUUUUCCGUUUGUCUUUUGAAUAUUUAUCACGGUGUGAUUGGAUAUGUGAAUUAUUAUUUCGCGACGAAUUUAGAUAAAGCAAUAGUGGACACAGUCAGUGUGGCAAACAUCAUCGUUAUCGACCGUUGGGCACUUGUAGUUUUUACAAUCUUAUUCUUCACCUACCAACUUGGGACGUUCGUUUGGAUGCUCUGUGUUCCUCUACGACAACGACGGCUGAUGUUUAAAAAGGACAAAGAAUGUCAACUGGCUAUUGCAUCCAGUUAUAACAAUGCGAAUAUUACCUUUAAUCAUGUAUUAAGAGGUGCACAGAGAUCAUUGCAUAAUGCUCAGACAGAAUUAUCGAUUAUAUCACAUCGAGAUUAA